CCACCCAGCAGACCCCCUUGAAGCCUCCCAGCGGCACCAAGUCCAAGCUGUCGUCUCGGAGGGUGUCAGAGCAGCCAUCCAUGCUGGGGACGAUGGGGAGUAAGGCCCUGUCCUCCUCCGACACAGAGCUGCUUAUGCUCAAUGGGUCCGAUCCCGUGGCAGAGGCCGCCAUCCGCCAGCUCCACGAGUCAGCCAAGCAGAAGCUCAAGUCCCCGGUCAAGAAGAGCACCAUCAUCAUCUCAGGAGUGGCCAAGACCCCUCUUUCUCAGGAUGAUGAGAUGGCAUUGAUGGUGGGCUACGCUGCUGCGAUGGAUGCCUCCAUGUCGGAGCAGGGUUCUCAGGAGAUUUCUGUGGCGACUGCUUCAGUAGUAGGAGCCAGUAGCAACCUCCCGGAGGCGUGGUCAGAACCCCAGGAGGGCCCCAGUGGAGUUGUCCAGGCUCAAGCCCAGCAGGCCCCGGAGGACUGGGAGAGCCAAGCAGAAGAGGACACAGACAGAGAUGCAGAUAAACCUCCAUGUCCAUCUGCAUCUCAGAGUCAGACUCCAAAAAGAGCAGAG